AUGAAUGCUUUAUCUUCUAACUUGAUCUUUGAGACCGUAACCUUUUUUCUUUCUUUCUUUCUUUCUUUCUUUCUUUCUUUCUUUCUUUCUUAUCUUGUUCUUUAUUUUUCGUGCUCUUUCCGCGUUUUUUUUUUGUUUGCUCCAAUUUCUUUCGUAUUGACGGUCAUAUUAUUUCUCCCUCUCUUUCUUUCGUUAUUAUUUUUCUUUCUUUCUUUCUUUCUUUCUUUCUUUCUUUUCUUUCUUUCUUUUCUUUAUUGUUUUCUUUCGUUAUUUUGCAGUCAUAUUUUUUCUUUCUUUCUUUCGUUAUUAUUUUUCUUUCUCCUCUUUUCUUUCGUUAUUAUUUUUCUUUCUUUCUUUCUUUUCUUUCUUUCUUUCUUUCUUUCUUUCUUGUUUUGUUUUUUUCGUUAUUUUGCAGUCAUAUUAUUUCUCCCUCUCUUUCUUUCGUUAUUAUUUUUUCUUUCUUUCGUUAUUAUUUUUCUUUCUUUCUUUCUUUCUUUCUUUCUUUCUUUCUUUCUUUCUUUCUUUCUUGUUUUCUUUCGUUAUUUUGCAGUCAUAUUAUUUCUCCCUCUCUUUCUUUCGUUAUUAUUUUUCUUUCUUUCUUUCUUUCUUUCUUUCUUUCUUUCUUUCUUUCUUUCUUUCUUUCUUUCGUGUUUUCUUUCGUUAUUUUGCAGUCAUAUUAUUUCUCCCUCUCUUUCUUUCUUUCUUUCUUUCUUUCUUUCUUUCUUUCUUUCUUUAUAUGCUGUUACCAUUUUCUUUUCUUCUCAUGGAAUUGCUUUUCAAACAUUUUCUUCUCUUCUUUAUUUCGCGCCUUUUCUUACCAUCAUUUUCAAGCUUCUUUAUUUACUUCGACAUCUUUCAACAACUUUAACUUCCUUUCUAAUUCUCUUUUUCAUUUCUUGCUUCCUUUUUCAACUUUUCGCCAUCCUAACCUUGUCUCAUGUUUCUAACAUCCCUUUUCUUCUAUCUUGCUCGCCCUUUUUUCUAUUACUUCCGCCGCAUUGCAUUUCUGUCGUCUGCCAUCGAUGUUGCUUCAUUAUAUUAGGUACUGACUCAUUCUUCCAUUUUUUUUUCUCUCGAUGUUCCUUUCUGUUCACCCCCCCGUUUGUUUUCUUCUUUAUCUAUCUUUACUUUAAUAGUCUUUCCUCCCCACCCCCAACUUUUUUGGUCGUUCUUUUUCUAACAAAUAUGUGUGUGUGUGUGUGUGUGUAUGUUUUACUAUAUAAUUUCUGUUCGUGCAUAUCUGUCUAUCUAUCUAUCUAUCUAUCUAUCUAUCUAUCUAUCUAUCUAUCUAUCUGUCUGACUGUCUGUCUUCACAUAAUUUCUGUUCGUACUCUAAUUAUUUGGCUGUUUUUCUAUCUAUCUAUCUAUCUAUCUAUCUAUCUAUCUAUCUAUCUAUCUAUCUAUUUCACAUAA